ACACAUGUGCACUCAAGGCAUGUGGUGGGAAUGGCACGUGCACUAUAGACAGCACCACUGGAGCAGCGUCCUGCGUUUGUAACACUGGCUUCGUUCUGCAGGCUGACGGCAGGACGUGCACUGACACCUGUGCCACCCUGAGCUGCAACACCUAUACCACGGAUUGCGUGAAGGACGCUGCAGGGGCGGCCUCUUGUGCUUGUAAAACGGGCUACCAGAACGUAUCGGGCACGUGCAUGGGGCCUGCCUCGUGUGGGGUCUGCCCUGCAGGAGCCAGCUGCACUCCGGUGCCAUACGGCAAAGCCGCCUACUGCGUCUGCCCUCCCGGCUCUGGCAUGACCACUGCUGGUUGCGUAUUAGGCGCCACCCCCACCGUCUCCACGAUCAGCUUCUCCUACUACACGCUCCCAAGCUUUGGCAUAACACCCGCCACCUACACAAUGCGCCUCACCUACAACGGCUGCACCAACCUCACAGCCUCCUCUGCGCCGGACAUCCAGUCGUAUGGCAGCGUGCAGAACGCCCCUGGAGGCGUGGGGAGGUGCCUUGAGAUCCGCGCUUACACCCAGGCGGGGUGCAUCGGAACUUAUAGCUUGUUUCCUGUCACACUAAGCAGCGGCCUCAGCUCUGCGAGCGUUCCCAACUAUUCCGGGUAUCCUUUCCGCUCCUUCGCCUGCUCUAUAUUCGAAAAAUGUGCUCCCAACAGCUGCGGUGGGAACGGCACGUGCGUUCAGGACAGUGCAGGAGUGGCCUUCUGUGCUUGCAAUCCCGGCUUUCUCCUGCUGCCCGAUGGCAAGACAUGCGCUGUGGCGUGUGGGUCCAAGAUCUGCGAUGCCACAAUGGACUGCGUGAAGGACGCUGCAGGCGCUGCAUCCUGUGUGUGCAAGGCGGGCUAUCAGAGCAUCUACGGCAAAUGUGUUGGCCCUGCCACAUGUGGGAACUGCCCUUCCGGAGCCAAAUGCACGGUUCUGUACAACGCUCCAUACUGCAUUUGCCCUCCCGGCUACGGCAUGACCAACACCACUUGCGUUAGCGGCGCCGCCCCCACCGUCUCCUCCACCAGCUUCACCUUCUACGAGCAGGCCAACUUCUUCGUGACGCCCAACACCUACACCAUGCGCCUCGACUACAACGCCUGCACCACUGUGCCUGCCGCUGUUGCCUCGACAAUCGUGUCGCUCUGGCGCGUGGAUGGAAUCCCGGGAGGUUUGGGGGACUGUCGGUCUUUGAACCAGUACACCCAGGAGGGGUGCGUUGGAGCGUACUCUUCGUACAAUGCAAUGGGACAGAGUGCCCUCGGUUAUGAGUGA